AUGCAGGAUUACAUUAAAAUUGAUCAACACUUGAAUGCAAUUUGGGAGCUGAAUGUUGGACAGAAUGUGUUGAGUGCUGUUCCGAAUUGUUUAUCAAUAUUUUCGAGGGUUGAACGUUUGUUGUUGAAUGAUAAUCAAAUUCAGGAAAUUAAGAAGGAGGAAAGUUGGAAGAAUUUGUAUAAUUGUCGAUUAAUUUCGUUGGAUAAUAAUUUGAUCAGUGCAUUGCCACUACAGGGAAAUCCAUUUCCUGUGCAUUCAUUGUCUAGAUUGAUACUUUCGAAUAACCAAUUGAGUUCUUUACCGAGUUAUAUAGGAGAAUGUGUUAAUUUAGUGGAAUUGGAUGUUUCUGGGAAUCAAUUAAUUACUGUUCCAAGAGAAUUGGAAAAUUGUAAACGAUUAAUGAGAUUAUACUUGCAGAAUAAUCCAAUAUUUUGUUUGCCAUUCGAGUUGCAAAAUCUA